GUAUUUAAUUCGUUACAGCCGUGUCCUGAAAGUUUCUCGAAUGCGUGCGUGUGGCGACUAGUGGGCUGGGGGCCUUGUAUUUAAAUUAAAAAUAAGGCCCUCCACUUGUUUGUUAAUUAAGUUUUCAAAAUGGCAUCGACCUCGAGCAUUGCUGUGAAACUGGAGGAUUCACCGGUCGGUUAUGAGGAUGCCCCAACAGUUGAUUUUAAUGAAGCGGAGACAUCUUGCGGGACUUCGUUUGAUCAGGGUGCUAACUAUAGUUAUGGGGCAAUGGAGUUUGGAGAACAGGACUGUUCUACUGGUCAGAAUGAGUACGGAGGAAGGCUGAUAAAUCUGCUAACGGGGGCCCCUCAGCUCCAGCCAAGGGAGACGCCCUUUCCUAUCAGCCUGACCAAGAAGAAGGAGUGCAGGAGGUACUUCAAGAAACGAUGGACGCUGCAGUUUAAGUGGCUACGCUAUGACAACAAGAGGCAGGUCAUGUACUGCGCCAUCUGCCGACAAUUUGGGGUCGAGAAAGCGGGCAAGACGGGCUUUAUCUCCGGGAUCUCCCGCUUCAAGAAGGAGACCCUGGUGACGCACAACAAAAGUAAGAGGCACAAUUACUGCCGGAAACUGAUGCUGAAUGCCGGCCUUGACAUACAGGUGCCGGUCCCAGAUGAUCAGGAUUUGCUAUCUGUAACGGCGGCAGAUGCUGUUCAUAACAUACAUGUACAUGUCGAGCCACCAGCUGUUGAAACCCAUCCCUCUGCCCGUAUGGCUCCUGCAGACCAUAUAUCAUCAGCUGUCCACACUCGACCUCCAACUAUCCAUAUGUCAGGGGUGGCACGCAGAUGUGUACCUCAAGUAGCCCAUGCACCAGCCAGGAAUACGUCAAUUUUGCCACCUUUGAUGACUUCUCUAGGUGUUCAUCAUAACACAUGCAGGCAUAUUGUGAGGAGGAGCACCCAGGAAUUGGACCAUGUUUCCUACACUAACCAACUGGAGGCUGUAAGCUCGGAAUCAGCCAGCGCCAAGUCUGCUGCAGAGGAGCUGAUUGAAUUUGUCAACAGAGCUCCAUCUCCAUUUCAUGUGGUGGCUGAGUGUCGUAAACGACUCCUUGCCGCUGGCUUCUGUGAACUCAAGGAGAGGGAACCAUGGGAUUUGAAGCCUCUAGACAAGUGUUUUGUGACACGCAACCAGUCCACCAUCAUGGCCUUCGCUCUUGGCGGAGACUAUAUCCCUGGCAAUGGAUUCACUAUGAUUGGUGCUCACACCGAUAGUCCCUGCUUGAAGGUCAAGCCAGGCUCCAAGAAGAUGAAGAGUGGAUACCUGAGUGUUGGGGUGGAGUGCUACGGAGGUGGCAUUUGGAACACAUGGUUUGAUAGGGACCUGACAGUGGCCGGUAGGGUAAUAGUUCAGGAGGAGACGAGUGUCAGUCAUCGCCUUGUUUUCAUUCAGAGACCUAUCUUGCGAGUGCCGAAUCUUUGUAUCCACCUAAAUCGCUCAGUUAAUGACAACUUUGGACCCAACAAAGAAACAGAAAUUGUUCCUGUGUUGGCUACUUCCAUUAUGCAGCAGAUAGAAGCACCUGUUGCGGAGGAAACUCAAGGCUCUUGUGCGGCUUCUAGCAAGCACCAUCCUCUCCUUGUCAACCUGCUGUGCCAAGAUCUCAAUGUCAGGCCUGACCAGAUAUUGGACUUUGAACUUUGCCUGGCAGACACGCAGCCAGCUACAAUUGGUGGUGCCUUGAAUGAGUUCAUAUACGCUCCUCGCCUUGACAACCAAAUGAACUGCUUUACUUCACUCAAGGCACUGAUUGAUUCAUGUCAGACCAAAGGCAGCUUGGACAAUGAUCCUAACGUCCGCAUGAUGCUACUAUUUGACCACGAAGAGGUUGGUUCCUCAAGUGCACAUGGAGCCAACUCCUCUUUGACUGAGUGGAUUAUGAGACGUCUAGCAGCUGGGGGGAGCCCCACUGCUUUUGAGGAAGCUGUCCCCAAGUCCUUCAUGCUCAGCGCUGACCAGGCCCACGCAGUCCACCCUAACUAUUCGGAGAAGCAUGAGGACAACCAUAAGGUGGCCUUGCACAAGGGUCCUGUGAUCAAAUACAAUAGUAAUCAGCGCUACGCCACUAAUGCUGUCACAGCGUCCAUUGUCAAACUGGUUGCAAAGAAAGUCAAUGUUGAACUACAGGAUGUGGUCGUGAGAAACGACAGUCCCUGCGGCUCCACCAUCGGCCCCAUCCUGUCCUCCAAGCUAGGGCUGAGGACGUUAGACAUUGGGUCGCCGCAGCUUAGCAUGCAUUCCAUCAGAGAGAUGUCCUGUACGUCAGGCGUCAAACAGUGUUGUACGCUCUACCAGGGAUUCUAUGAAAAUUUCCCAGCGAUUGAUGCCACUGUGAAUGUAGACUAAGAGACCGUUGGCCUGUACAUGCCACCACCAUGUCACUAAUGACUACAACCUUAUGAACUAGAGCCAUUUUCAGCAUACCAGAGCCUGUUAAACAGGAUAAGAGCAGAGCAUUUUGUCUUAUAUGUUAGGUCUUCUAAAAGAAGCUGUUGGGAUCAUGAUGUCAUAAUUUAUUUUUGAUUCCUCUUUAUGCUGUUGAUUGCAUUGUUACAGGUUGUUCUUUUGGUUAAUAAAAUUGAUAAUCAGUCUUGUCGCUUAUCUGCCCCGAGCUGAAGGGCACCCCCAGUCGGCGAAAGAAAGACAGGUGCUUACAAGUGGGUUCUUGCACACGUUCUGCAUGUACGCAAAGACUAUACAAGCCAAACUAAAUCACUUACAGGUACUUAGCGUGCCCCAUGUCAAACGCGCAUAUACUUGCGCACCUCAUGGCGCGCCUAUGGGGUGAGUACCAAAAAAAUAUGCCCUCAUAUUUCGUUCCGCUCGGAGCGGAUUGUUAUCAUUGUUACAUUUGUAUUAUUUCCCCUUAUUUGAAUGAAUGAGCAAUGCUGUUUGUACAAAUAUUCUCAUUCCCUAUGGAUCGAGCAUUACCAACUGGCAGACUGACUCCCCUGUACCAAGCAUAGCGCAUUAAUAUUUACACAGGCCGCCUUCGUUUUACUUGAACACUCAAAACACCUUUUUUUCCCACAGAGGAAAUGAAAAAUGCAGCAAGACAAACUUCCUCCGAAAAUAUCACACGUGAUACUCUUGCAAAUAUGGGACGGCUGUCAAAGUGCAUGUAUAAGUUAUGACGAUGUGGACUUUGAUGUCUAGAUCGCCUUGGCCAAUCCAUGUGGUGCUGUGGACGAGGGGAGGCGGGAAAAAACACAGGCCCCAUCUGUGACCUCCGCCACCCCCAUCUCCCCUGGUCAGAAUUUUAAUCUAGCCGAAAGGGGGUUUUUGAAAUGUUCAAUACGAUGACCAAAUGCCUCUCGCUCUGAAGAAAUGCACUUGCAUGUGUCAAAGAAUAUCUAGUAGCACGGGGUGACAUUGGAACUGUUGAUGUAAUAGAUGAUUUAUCAAUCAAGACACAUUGAAAGCCUAGUACCAUUUAUGUGUCUUGUUUUCUUUGUAAACUUUAGAACUCAUCAACUUAUUUCACUUCAGAGGCAAUAUACAUGUAUAUUCGGAAAUAAAUAAGGAAACAGUUUUACCAGCAAUCAGAUCCAUUUUGAGCUUGUUCGCUUGGAGGGAUUUGUAUGUCAGUUUUAAAUACUGCAUGGAUUUUGUUUAAGUAGAAUCCUGGUGGCAUGUGGCCAUUUCAGUCAGCAAGGGAAAAAAAUAAGAUUUCAGAGCUUGAAAUAACAGGAAUGACAAUCAGCGUGACCUUUUUGGAUGGCUCAUUGAUAGGGGCUAAGCGUCUCCUUGGCAGGCAGCUAUUUAACACAUAUCCAGUCUCCCAUCCACAUUGACUAUGCAGAGAAUGCGGGCAGUCUUAGGAAGGGAUGAUUCAUUCAUGAGACGGUGGGCGUAUGAAGUGUGUGAAGUUCUAGUCAACACAUUGCACUCCUCGGGGUCAGGUGCGGGAUAGCUGCUUGCAGCCUGCUUCCUGAGAUGAUUCUAGCAUUACCCAAAGGAUAAACAGGCAACAUUAAAGGGGGUCUGGUGUGCAGUGAUUUGGAGGUGUGUUUGGAGGGGUAUCUGGUCAUUGAUAGCCUGUAAGAACAUUUCACUCCUGCCUAAUUGGUCCUAGUUACAUAAAAGCAGAGUUACAGAGGUUUUUUAGUGGGAAAAAAUAGAAGUCAGACACUGUUCAUUGAAGACUUGGCUGGAAUUUAAACCUUGGUCACAAACUCAGCAAGGUUCACCGCAAACCCAUUGGUUUUCCAUACACAUUUGUUAAAUUGAUUCAAUUUUUUUAUGUUUUGAGCAGUAUUCAAUGCAUAUUAGUCAUUAGGAAGUCUGGAAAAUUCUUUACAGUCCACUUUAAUGUUUUGCUUACUACAAAAAUGUGUGUAUCUGUGUGUCUGUAUGGGGUGAUUCAAUAGCCCAUCACCCCCACCUCAAAAAGUAGGGGGAUAUAUCCCCCCCCCCGGAUUUACGCCGCUGGACACACUUCGGCUUUACAUAGACUGAUCUGUGCUCUUGUGUUGUACAAAAGCUGCCUGUCAUUGCAUCGUGAACACACUUUUAACUGCACCCUUGACAGCCAACUGUAAGUCUUCAAAGAAACAGAUUCAUAUAUUUAUUUAUUUAUUUAGUUGGUGUGAAUAACCUUGACCUUCUGUUUUUGUGACGUAAGUGUAUGUACUUUACGUACAUCGUUUUAAGCAACAUCGCUUGGUUAAAGCGGAAAAUUUAUUUACAGUGUUUCCUUGGGUAUUCCUUGUUGAGCUAUGUGAAGUUUUAGCUCUCUGUACAGAGUACAGCUGUGUAUUUUUGCUAGGAAAAAAAAGUUUCCAGAAUUUUCCUCAAAUACCCAGAAAUUUUCAGAAUUCUCAUCAGAAAUACCCAGACUCAUAAUGAGAAGCAUCAUUACGAGGCCGGCCGAAAUGUGUUCUUGAGCAUAAGGGGGUUACUUGCUUUUGCAUGAUAAUAUGAUAGAAACAUGUCAUUGAAAAUAAAAUACGAACUUUGGAA